GAACGAAAAAUUCCUGUUAUAAUUUAGCCCGCAGGCCAUGCAGCGUUGUUUGGUGUUGGGUGUUGGUCGUCGAUUGCUAAAUAAUCAAUUAUUUACUGCUAGAACCUGUAGUCAAUGUUGUGCUGUUACUGAGAAAUCUGCUGCCCUCUCACAUUAUAUCCAUAGACACCAAGUAACAAGAGUUUUGUGUGUUUUAAGCUGCAACAACAAUAUGUCCUUCAAUAAUUUGAACGUAACUUGUCUGCCGGAUGACGAAACACUUAAAAUAAGUUUUGAAUAUAGUCAUAAUAGGCUACCAGCGCGGAACUUUAACCUUCAAAGAAAUAAAAAUGAAUUACUUGGACAGUCUUUGUUGAGACUACGUGCUAAUAUGUCUCGAUUUCUGAACAAGUGCAAGAAGAAAAAAAAGGAUAGAAACGCAAUCGCCAAAGUGGAAGAUGAAGAUAUAUUACCAAUUUCUGUAUGGAGAGGUGAUGAUCAACUCGGUGACACAACACCAAAUGUUGAAGCUUGGACAGCCGGUUCCGAAUUACAUAUUGGUGAUAAAGUGUUCCACGUAUUAGUAAACGGUCCGGCAGUAAAUAAACUGAUAAUACCGUCCAGUAUGAUGGUUAAUUUUCCUGUUUACAUUCAAAUGGAUUGCGAGUUUACUGAUAUCACCCAAUGUACAGUGACAUGGUAUCGAGCAACGAAAAAAGAUUCUGAGAAUAGUGAUGGUGUAAGGGAAUGGCAAGAAAUGUCAUCGUCUACUGUAUAUAGUCCGACCAUGGCUGAUAUGGGUCAUCGAUUGAAAGUAAAGUGUGUCCCUCAAAAUAUUGAAAGGAAUCUGAUUGGAAAAGCAGUGACGGCAGAGUCUUCAUCAGUUGUAAAUGCUGGUCCUGGUUAUUGUCCAUUUGAAACAAGGCAUCAGUUUACAAAAGAAAAAACUGAGGAAUCAAGAAUACGAGUAGUAACCUAUAACAUCCUGGCGGACCUUUACUCGGAUUCAGACUUCAGUAGGGAACAACUGUAUCCCUAUUGUCCUGCCUAUGCUCUCAAUAUUGAUUACAGAACUCCACUCCUAUUAAAGGAAAUCACAGGUUACAAUGCUGAUCUUAUUUGUCUUCAAGAAGUGGACAAAAAAGUAUUUGAGCAUGAUUUGUUACCAGACCUGUCUUUGUCUGGUUUUGAAGGUCUUCUCUGUUUAAAAGCAGGUCAAGUGCCUGAGGGUAGUGCAACAUUCUUUAACAAAUCAAAGUUCAAAUUGGUUGAUAAACACGAUAUAGUCCUGUCUGAAAUUAUUGAGUCUGACAGCAGGUUUAAAGAUAUACUGAGUUUGUUAGAAUGUAAUGAACAAUUAAUGCACAAAGUUUUACAGAAACAAACUAUCCAACAGGUGUCAAUUUUGGAAUCACUGGAUAAGCCUGGUCAGUUGCUGUGUGUGGCCAACACCCAUCUUUAUUUCUAUCCAACUGCUGAUAACAUACGUCUGAUACAGAUAGCUGCUUGUAUGAAGCAUUUAGAACAUAUAAAAGAAAUGUACAAGAACAAGGGUCAGAAUAUAUCAUUAGUUUUCUGUGGUGAUUUCAACAGUGAUCCUGAGCGAGGAGUGAAUUUAUUCAUGACAACAGGAAGCAUAACAGCAGAUUUUAAAGAAUGGAAAUUAAAUGGAAGUACGGAUUCUAUUUUGGGAAUGAAUUUGAAUCACUUCUUUUCUCUGUCCAGUGGUUGUGGCUACCCGGUUUAUACGAAUUAUGUUGGUGGUUUCAACGCUACUUUGGACUACAUCUUUUAUGACAAUACAUGUUUUGAUGUGGCAGAAGUGGUUCCAUUACCUGAUGAUAGUGAAGUCGUACUGCAUACAGCAUUGCCCAGUGUUGUGUUCCCGUCAGAUCACAUUGCCCAAAUAUGUACUCUAAAGUGGAAGCAAUAAUGUUUUGAAACUUUAUAAAAAUUUCUGAAAGUA